GAUGGUCCUGUAAGGCGGGCACCUCGGGGAGUAGAAGGAGCCUAUAGCCCCUGCGAGAGCAGAGCUGGGAGGUGCACUGCACAGAGGGUCACCGAGGGCGGCCAGAUCCCGGGGGAGAGGAGAGGACCUGGGCGUCGGGAAGCCUGUCUCCUCUGGGCCAGCCAUGGGCAAGAACCAGCGCAAAGCGCCCCAGCGCCUGGAGAGGCCCGGGAGGCCGGCCUCAGGGGAGCAGGAGUCGGGGUCGGCCAGCGCGGACCGCGCGCCCAGCCGGGAACGCCGAUCCGACCGCGGUCAGGCGGACAAGGCGAGACCGGCGACCGAGCCUGCCACCGCCGGGGGCCAGGGGACCGCUGGUGGCCGCAGGAAGCCCACUGCAGAGGAGAACGGCGGCUGCAGACGCCCAGGGGCUGGGCUGUCCCCGGAGGCCCAGGAGAGGCAAAGCAGCGCGCAGCGUCAGGAACGCGGGCCCAGGGGCGGCCGCGCGGGGCGCCUGGAGGAGGGAAGCCUCUCCCGCAGAGAAGGGCUGGGUGGCCGCCGUAGGAGGAAGCGGAAAGAUCAGGGGUCCUCGGCUCCGCGGGGCCGCCGGACGCCCAGGAGCCUCAAUGGGGACACGUCGGGUGGGGACGGAGGCAGCUCCUGUCCGGACAGCGACACCCGCGAGGCCCAGGAGAGCGGCAGCCAGCGCGGCAGAGCCCGGGAGCUGCGGCCCACGCCGGAGCCUACGGACAUGGGCUCGGAAGGGACAAAAACCGGGCCGGAGUCAGCGCUGGAGCCAGGCAGCGACGGCCCGGACAGCGACUGGCUCCGCGCAGAUCCCUGGGGCCGGGAAGGGUCGUCGGGGACGGGACCCCUGGGAGCCAGCGAGCAUUCCGGGGGGGACUCCGACUCGAGUCCGCUGGGGACCGGACCUGAACGGGGCUCCCGGGCAGCUAUGGCCUCCAGGACCUUCCAGGGCAGCUCGCGGGCUCCUCGGGACACUGGGCCGGCCCAGGACGCGAGCGACAAUCGGGCGCAGCGGGGCGCCGAGCCAGAAACAACGCAGGCCUCGACGGCCCGGGCUCCGCGCCACCAGGUCGUAAAGGCGGCGGGGCGGGUGCCAGCGGCGGCGGGCGAGGGCGAAGCGGGAGCCGCAGCAGGAGCUGGGCCGGAGGACCCAGCCCCGCUGGCGGCCCUCCUGGUGGUCGGCAGGCUCCUCGCGAGGCCCCCGCCAGGCGCCGCUUCCCAGGCCGUGGGCCCCCGCUGUGCUGGCCUCAAGGAGCGGCUCCUGAGUGUAGCGCGAGCCCUGGGCCUCCUGCGCUGGCUGCGGCGGCGGCUGCGGCAGCGGCGGCGGCCGCCAGAGGGCGAGGGACAGGGGACUGGGCCACGGGCGAGCGAGGGGUGGGGCCGCGGGAAAGGGGACGAGGGGUGGGGUCAUGGGAGAGGAAGCGAGGGGCGGGGCCACGGGAAAGCGGACGAAGGGCGGGGCCACGAGCGAGGGGACGAGGGGCGGGGCCGCAGGAAAGCAGACGAAGGGCAGGACCGCGGGAGAGCGGACGAGGGGCGGGGUCACGAGAGAGGUGACGAGGGCCAGGACCACGAGAGAGCGGACGAGGGGCGGGGCCGCGAGCCCGGGCUGCGGCACCGUCUAGCGUUGCACCUGGCUGGCUUAGCAGGGCUGGGGGGUAUGCCGAGGGCUCCCCCUGGCGGCUGCUCCCCGCAGGUCCCGACAAGCCCAGUCCCCGACGACCCUUUCGAUCUGGAGGACGAGACUCCAGAUCCCAAGUUCGCGGUCGUGUUCCCCAGGAUCCACAGGGCAGGGCCGGCGUCGAGCAGCCGCAGCUCUGAAGAAGCGUCCGCAGAUGCCCCCACGGGGGAAGGCCGAGGUUGGCCUCGUGCAGGGUCGGGGGGUCACAGUGAGGGGUGCAGGGCCAGUGGGGAAGGGGUGUCCGGUCUUCGUCCCGGCUCCCUCCUUGCCCCGACUGCACCCGACGGGCCCUCGCUCGACGAGAGCGGCUGCAGCAGUGAGGCGGAGUUGGAGACCCUGAACGACGAGCCCCGGGUGCACUGGGCGCAGGGCUCCGGCCCCCGCGAGGGUCCUAGGCUUGGCGCCGCCGUGCUGCUACCCCGACUCACCCUGGAGACCCGCCUGCAGCAGGAGGGAGACCCGGGCCUCCGCGGGUCCCUGAGGGAGCUGUGGGAACCCGAGGAUGAGGACGAGGCGGUGCUGGAGAGGGACCUAGAGCUGAGCCUUGGGCCAGGCCUGGAGGUGCCACCCUUCCCCGGUGCCAAGGGCAGGAGCCUCGGAGACGGCCUGGAAGACAUGGAGGACCUGGCCCGGUUGCGGCUGGUGUGUGACAGCUCUGUGCUGCUGUGCCUCAAGAAGAGAUUUCACCUGGGCCGCAUCUAUGUAUGGGGAGCCACGGGGAGGGACAGUGGGCCGGGAUCCCCUUUCCUCUGGGACAGAGGGCUCCCUGGCACCCCUGGAGGUUCUCCUUCCUCUUCUUCCCCAGGCUGGGUGGUGAAUCCUCUCUGGAGCCACGCAGAGCGGGACUGGGGGGCUGGGCUCUGUUUGCAUUCCCCCUGCUCCCUCCACACUCUGAUGAGAGCUUGUUUUCCUCCCCAGACCUUUGGGGGGCCCCUCUUGCUCGUUUUGAACCCCCACCGGCCCUUGCCUCUUUUUUCACCUGAGGUCCAGGCAAGCUACCACCCCAGGAAGGCCCUCAGCACCACUCCACACAUCUUUACCAUCGUGGCAUCAGCCUAUGACCUGGCUCAGAAUACUGGGCAGGACCCAUGCAUCCUCCUGCGUGGGCACAGCGGCUCAGGGAAGACGGAAGCCGCCAAAAAGAUCCUGCAGUUCCUAAGCAUCCUGGAGCAGGAUCAGACGGGGAACCGAAAGUGUCAGGUGGAGGAUGUGCUGCCCAUACUCAGCAGCUUUGGCCAUGCCAAGACCAUCCUCAAUGCCAAUGCCAGCCGCUUCGGCCAGAUCUUCUGCCUCUACCUACAGCAAGGGGUCAUCGUGGGAGCCUCCGUGUCUCAUUAUCUACUUGAGACCUCCAGGGUGGUGUUUCAGGCCCAGGCUGAGCGGAGCUUCCAUGUUUUUUACGAGCUGCUGGCAGGGCUGGACUCCAUAGAGCGGGAGCGGCUCUCCCUGCAGGGACCGGAGACUUACUACUACCUCAACCAGGGCCAGGCCUGCAGGCUCCAAGGCAAGGAGGAUGCCCAGGACUUUGAGGGGCUGGUGAAGGCACUGCAGGGGCUCGGCAUGUACCCGGAGGAGUUGAAUGCCAUCUGGGCUGUGCUGGCCGCCGUCCUGCAGCUGGGCAACAUCUGCUUCUCCUCCUCAGAGCGGGAGUCCCAGGAGGUGGCUGCUGUGUCUAGCUGGGCCGAGAUCCACACAGCAGCCCAGCUGCUGCGGGUACCACCAGAGUGCCUGGAGGGGGCUGUAACCAGGAGGGUCACGGAGACGCCCUAUGGCCAGGUCUCGCGAUGCCUGCCCGUGGAAAGCGCCAUUGAUGCCAGGGACACCCUGGCCAAGGCCCUGUAUUCUCACCUCUUCCACCGGCUUCUGAGGAGGACCAAUGCACGGCUGGCACCACCAGGGGAGGGAGGCAGCAUUGGCACCGUCACUGUCGUGGAUGCCUACGGCUUUGAGGCCCUGCGGGUGAAUGGCCUGGAGCAACUGUGCAACAACCUCGCCAGCGAGCGCCUGCAGCUCUUCUCCAGCCAGAUGCUGCUGGCCCAGGAGGAGGCCACGGACCACACCUUCCUCCAGAAGAGCCACUAUCACCAUGGUAACCACCCCAGCUAUGCCAAGCCCCGGCUGCCCCUGCCUGUGUUCACCGUGCGACAUUAUGCGGGGACUGUCACCUACCAGGUUCACAAGUUUUUAAACAGAAACCGGGAUCAGCUGGACCCUGCUGUGGUGGAGAUGCUUGGCCAGAGCCAGCUCCAGCUGGUGAGCAGCCUGUUCCAGGAGGCAGAGCCCCAGUCCAGGGGAGGGCAAGGCAGACCCACGCUGGCCUCUCGCUUCCAGCAGGCCCUGGGGGACCUCAUAGCCCAGCUGGGCAGGAGCCAUGUCUAUUUCAUCCAAUGCCUCACCCCUAACCCUGGAAAGCUUCCAGGCCUCUUUGACGUGGGACAUGUGACAGAGCAACUGCACCAGGCAGCCAUACUGGAGGCCGUGAGCACCCGCAGUGCCAACUUCCCCGUGCGUGUGCCCUUUGAGGCCUUCCUGACCAGCUUCCGGGCCCUGGGGUCAGAAGGGCAGGAAGACCUCUCCGACCGGGAGAAGUGUGGUGCCAUCCUGAGCCAGGUGCUGGGGGCCGAAUCACCUCUCUAUCACCUUGGAGCCACCAAGGUCCUGCUGCAGGAGCAGGGCUGGCAGUGGCUGGAGGAGCUCCGGGACCAGCAGCGCUCCCAGGCCCUGGUCAACCUGCACCGCAGCUUCCACACCUGCAUCUCCCGCCAGCGCGUCCUGCCCCAGAUGCAGGCUCGCAUGCGUGGGUUCCAGGCCAGGAAGCGGCACCUCCGGCGGCGGGCAGCUCUGGGACAGCUGAACACCAUCCUGCUGGCGGCCCAGCCCCUGCUCUCGAGGCGGCAGAGACUGCAGCUUGGGCAUUGGCAGGGCUGGCACAGCAGCGAAAGGGCCCUGGAGAGAGUGCCAAGCAUGGAGCUGGGGCGCUUGGAGAUCCCGGCUGAGCUGGCCGUCAUGCUGAAGAUGGCGGAAGGCCAUCAGGACGCCCUGGCUGGGAGCAUCACCGAGUGCCUGCCCCCUGAGGUUCCUGCCCGGCCCAGCCUGACUCUCCCAACAGACAUUGACCGGUUCCCUUUCUCCAGCUUCGUCUCCACCGGCUUUCAGGAGCCAUCCCUGCCCAGGCCGGGGCAGCCACUGGCGAAGCCCCUAACCCAGCUGGACGGAGAGAACCCUCAGCAUGCCCUGGACAUCAACAAAGUGAUGCUGUGGCUCCUGAGGGACGGAUCCCUGCAGUCCUGGCAGAGGCAGACCAUGGGCACAUACCUGGUGCGGCAGGGGCAGUCCCGGCCAGGGCUGCGGAAUGAGCUCUUUAGCCAGCUGGUGGCCCAGCUAUGGCAGAACCCAGACGAACAGCAGAGCCAGCGUGGCUGGGCCCUCAUGGCUGUUCUGCUCAGUGCGUUUCCCCCACUGCCUGUCCUACAGAAGCCGCUGCUCAAGUUCGUGUCUGACCAGGCCCCCAGGGGCAUGGCAGCGCUGUGCCAGCACAAGCUGCUGGGGGCCUUGGAGCAGUCGCAGCUGGCCUCGGGGGCCACUCGGGCCCACCCCCCGACCCAGCUGGAGUGGCUGGCCGGAUGGCGGCGGGGCCGCAUGGCGCUGGACGUGUUCACCUUCAGCGAGGAGUGCUACUCGGCCGAGGUGGAGUCUUGGACCACCGGGGAGCAGCUAGCUGGGUGGAUCCUGCAGAGCAGAGGCCUGGAGGCGCCUCCCCGGGGCUGGUCAGUGUCACUGUACUCCAGAGAUGCAUGGCAGGACUUGGCUGGCUGCGACUUUGUGCUGGACCUGAUCAGCCAGACUGAGGACCUGGGGGACCCAGCUCGUCCCCGCAGCUACCCCAUCACUCCUCUUGGCUCAGCUGAGGUCAUUCCCCUUGCCCCUGGCAUCCAGGCCCCCUCACUGCCCCCAGGACCCCCUCCAGGUCCAGCCCCAACGCUGCCCAGCAGGGACCACACAGGGGAGGUCCAGAGGUCAGGGAGCCUGGACGGCUUCCUGGACCAGAUCUUCCAGCCAGUGAUAUCCUCCAGCCUCAGCGAUCUGGAACAAAGCUGGGCUCUGAGCAGCCGCAUGAAGGGUGGGGGCGCCAUUGGACCCACGCAACAGGGCUACCCCAUGGUGUACCCAGGAAUGAUUCAGAUGCCUGGAUACCAGCCAGGCAUGGUCCCUGCACCCAUGACCAUGAUGCCAGCCAUGGGCACAGUCCCUGCCAUGCCAGCCAUGGUGGUGCCACCGCAGCCACCGCAGCCGCUGCUUCCCAGCCUGGAUGCAGGGCAGCUGGCCGUCCAGCAGCAGAACUUUAUCAACCAGCAGGCGCUAAUCCUGGCCCAGCAGAUGACAGCUCAGGCCAUGACCCUGUCCCUGGAGCAGCAGACGCAGCAGCGGCAGCGGCAGGCUCGGGCCUCCGAGGCUGCGUCCCAGGCCUCACCCUCAGCCGUCACCUCCAAGCCCAGGAAGCCCCCCACACCCCCAGAGAAGCCACAGCAUGACCUGGAAUCAGAGGGUGGCUGCCUGAGGGAGACCUCCGAGGAGGCUGAAGACAGGCUCUAUCGGCCCAAGAGCUUCCAGCAGAAACGGAACUAUUUCCAGAAGAUGGGGCAGCCGCAGAUCACAGUGAGGACGACGAAGCCCCCGGCCAAGGUCCACAUCCCCCAGGGAGAGACGCAGGAGCAGGAGGAGCAGGAGGAGCAAGAAGUGGAAACAAGAGCAGUGCUGUCCCCUCCUCCUCCCCCCAUCGUGAAGAAGCCAUUGAAGCAAGGUGGGGCCAAAGCUGUAAAAGAGGCUGAGGCUGAGCCAGCCAAGGAGACAUCGGCCAAGGGCCGUGGCCAAGGGCCAGCCCAAGGCAGGGGGACCAUGGUGCACAGCUCAGACUCCAAGCCCAAGCGGCCACAACCCAGCAGGGAAAUUGGCAACAUCAUCCGCAUGUACCAGAGCCGCCCGGGCCCCGUGCCUGUGCCCGUGCAGCCAUCCAGGACGCCCAAAGGUUUCCCGAAGAAAAUCGACCCCAAGGACGAGGCUCUGGCCAAGCUGGGCAUCAACAGUGCCCACUCGCCCCCGCCGAUGCUGUCCCCCGGCCCAGGAAAGGGCCCCCCGCCAGCUGUGGCUCCUCGACCCAAGGCCCCGCUACAGCUUGGGCCCUCUAGCUCCAUCAAGGCAAAGCAGGGGUCCCUUCUGGACCUGUUUGGCCAGAAGCUGCCCACUGCCCAGACACCCCCACCUCCACCAGCACCACCACUGCCUCUGCCCGAGGACCCAGGGACCCUUUCAGCAGAGCAUCGUUGCUUGACACAGCCCAUGGAGGACCAGGGGGUCUCCACCCAGCUACUCGCACCCUCUGGCAGCGUGUGCUUCUCCUACACCGGCAUGCCCUGGAAGUUGUUCCUACGAAAGGAGGUGUUCUACCCACGGGAGAAUUUCAGCCAUCCCUACUACUUGCGGCUCCUCUGUGAGCAGAUCCUGCGGGACACCUUCUCCGAGUCCUGUAUCCGGAUUUCCCAGAAUGAGCGGCGGAAAAUGAAAGACCUGCUGGGAGACUUGGAGGUGGACCUGGAUUCUCUCACCACCACUGAAGACAGCGUCAAGAAGCGCAUCGUGGUGGCCGCUCGGGACAACUGGGCCAAUUACUUCUCCCGCUUCUUUCCUGUCUCGGGCGAGAGCGGCAGCGACGUGCAGCUGUUAGCCGUGUCCCACCGCGGGCUGCGACUGCUCAAGGUGACCCAAGGCCCCAGCCUCCGCCCCGACCAGCUGAAGAUUCUCUGCUCAUACAGCUUCGCGGAGGUGCUGGGCGUGGAGUGCCCGGGCAGCUCCACCCUGGAGCUGUCGCUGAAGAGCGAGCAGCUGGUGCUGCACACAGCCCGGGCAAGGGCCAUCGAGGCACUGGUUGAGCUGUUCCUGAGUGAGCUUAAGAAGGACUCCGGCUAUGUCAUCGCCCUACGCAGCUACAUCACUGACAACUGCAGCCUCCUCAGCUUCCACCGUGGGGACCUCAUCAAGCUGCUGCCGGUGGCCACCCUGGAGCCAGGCUGGCAGUUUGGCUCUGCCGGGGGCCGUUCCGGACUCUUCCCUGCCAACAUAGUGCAGCCGGCUGCCGCUCCCGACUUUUCCUUCUCCAAGGACCAGAGGAGUGGCUGGCACAGGGGUCAGCUGUCCAACGGGGAACCAGGGCUGGCUCGGUGGGACAGGGCCUCAGAGCGCCCUGCCCACCCUUGGAGCCAGGCACACAGUGACGACUCGGAGGCCACCAGCCUGCCCUCCUCUGUGGCCUAUGCCUCUCUGCCCACUGACUCCCACAACUACACCAUGCGGGAAUUCGCCCUGCGUUACUUCCGGAAGUCCCAGGCCUUGCUGGGCCAGACAGAUGGAGGUGCCGCGGGGAAGGACACGGACAGCCUGGUGCAGUACAGCAAGGCUCCCAUCCAGGAGUCGCUCCUCAGCCUCAGCGAUGAUGUGAGCAAGCUGGCUGUGGCCAGCUUCCUGGCCCUGAUGCGGUUUAUGGGUGACCAGUCCAAGCCCCGGGGCAAGGAUGAGAUGGAUCUGCUCUAUGAACUGCUGAAGCUGUGCCAGCAGGAGAAGCUGAGGGAUGAGAUUUACUGCCAGGUUAUCAAGCAGGUCACGGGACACCCCCGGCCGGAACACUGCACUCGAGGCUGGAGCUUCCUCAGCCUUCUCACAGGCUUCUUCCCCCCAUCAACCAGGCUGAUGCCCUACCUGACCAAGUUCCUGCAGGAUUCAGGCCCCAGCCAAGAGCUGGCCCGGAGCAGCCAGGAGCACCUCCAGCGCACAGUCAAAUAUGGGGGGCGCCGGCGGAUGCCCCCACCGGGUGAAAUGAAGGCUUUCCUGAAAGGACAAGCCGUUCGCCUGCUUCUUAUUCACCUGCCGGGGGGUGUGGAUUAUAGGACAAAUAUCCAGACUUUCACAGUGGCAGCAGAAGUGCAGGAGGAGCUAUGCCGGGAAAUGGGUGUCACGGAGCCUCAGGAAGUGCAGGAAUUCGCCCUCUUCCUCAUCAAAGAGAAGAGCCAGCUGGUGAGGCCCCUGCAGCCUGCCGAAUACCUCAACAGCGUGAUAGUGAACCAGGACGUGAGCCUGCACAGCCGGCGGCUCCACUGGGAGACCCCACUGCACUUCGAUAACUCCACCUACAUCAGCACCCACUACAGCCAGGUGCUGUGGGACUACCUUCAGGGGAAGCUGCCAGUCAGCGCCAAGGCGGACGUGCAGCUCGCCAGGCUGGCCGCCCUGCAGCACCUCAGCAAGGCCAACAGGAAUACCCCCUCAGAGCAGGACCUGCUUGCUUAUAUGCCAAAGCAGCUGCAACGGCAGGUGAACACAGCCUCCAUCAAGAACCUGAUGGGUCAGGAGCUGGGACGGCUGGAAGGACACAGUCCCCAGGAAGCACAGAUCAGUUUCAUUGAGGCUGUGAGUCAGCUGCCCCUCUUCGGCUACACCGUCUACGGGGUGCUGCGAGUGAGCACGCGGGCCCUGUCCGGACCCACUCUCCUGGGGCUCAACCGCCAGCAUCUCAUCCUCAUGGACCCCAGCUCCCAGAGCCUGUACUGCUGCAUUGCCCUGAAGAGCCUGCAGCGGCUCCACCUGCUAAGCCCUCUGGAGGAGAAGGGGCCUCCUGGCCUGGAACUCAACUAUGGCUCAGCUGACAACCCCCAGACCAUCUGGUUUGAGCUGCCAGAGGCCCAGGAGCUGCUAUACACCACUGUCUUCCUGAUAGACCGCAGUGCCUCUUGCACUGAGUGGCCCAGCGUCAACUGAGAGGAAUGCAGGCCGGGGAGAGAUGAGGAUGAGGCCUCCCCCGGCCCGUCUCACCCAGACGGUCUGCCUUGGAUGCUAUCAAUCAGAUCACUGUUCCAGAACCUGCCUCAGCACAGCCCAGCCGGCCCACAUGCAGGCCAUGAGGCAGGGGCUGCUAUCACGUCACCAACAGGCAAAACAGCCAGACCCUCUCCAGGACUGCCUGGGCCCAAAGGGGGCUGCAGGAACUCGGCUGGGGCACCUGAAGUUGCCCAGUCUGAGGGAGAUGCCCACCUGGCCCCAGGUUCCACCCAGGCCCCACAUUAGCACAAGCCCAGGCAUGGGAGAAACAGCUGCCGAGGAAAUAAAACUCCCUGGAGAAAA